AUGGUGUCCAAAUUCAAGCUCCACUGCCACUUUCUCCUUCUUCUCCCUCUUCUGAAUAUCUCAACGGCCACCGUCGCCGCUCCACAGGAUCCCAAACCGACGGUCUACGAAAUCCUCCCGAAAUACGGUCUACCCAGCGGCCUCUUGCCGGACUCCGUCACAGGCUACACGCUCUCCGAGGACGGUCAGUUUGAGGUCACCCUUGAGAAGCCCUGCUAUAUUCACUUCGAUUAUCUAGUUUACUACGAGGAUAAAAUCUCCGGAAAGCUCAGCGUGGGGUCCAUCACCGAUUUGAAAGGGAUUCAGGUACAGAAGUUGUUCUUGUGGUUCGAUGUCGAUCAGAUCAGAGUCGACCUGCCGCCAUCCCACAGUAUUUACUUUACCGUUGGCAUAAUUGACAAGAAGCUUGACGUCGAUCAGUUUUUAACCGUUCGAUCCUGCAAGGAUAAGGCUGUGAGUUUGAGGCAGGUCAGUGAGGUACGCUGUGGUUUUUUGUGCUUUUAG